AUGAAACGUGGGGUUUUUAUUAGAGCAAUGGGCUCGGCUUGGCCAACUGCACCUUGGAUGCCAGUUUCACGAUCAAGCUUGCCAAUCCCAGAUUUCGCAAUGUCGCCACCAGCCAAACUGGAUCUGGGGGUCGACCUCUUCUUCGACGACGACGACCAAAAAGUAUUUUUUGGGCUGUUUGCGACCUUGAACGUGAAACCUUCACACAAGGUGCUGUUGGCCAAGCCGAGCCCAUUGCUCUAA